UCGCGCCCUGCGACCCCGGCCCGGCCCCCCUUCUCCCUCCUUGGCCUGCCGGGUCCUCGGUCCGCGCGCCCCGCCGCCGCGCGCGGAGGGAAAGAGAAGGUGACGCCCCGGAUGCCCCCGUGUCACCCCUGGGAGGCCUACUGCUCCGCCAAGGGAGAGGAGGAGGAGGAGGAGGAGGUAGUUACAUCAAGCUGGGUGGCAGGCAGAUCCCAAAGGAUAUCAUGAAGUUUCCAGGACCUUUGGAAAACCAGAGAUUGUCUUUCUUAUUGGAAAAGGCAAUCUCUAGGGAAGCCCAGAUGUGGAAGGUGAAUGUGCCGAAAAUGCCUACAAAUCAGAGUGUUUCUCCAUCCCAGAGAGAUGAAGUAAUUCAGUGGCUGGCCAAACUCAAGUACCAGUUCAACCUUUACCCAGAAACAUUUGCUCUGGCUAGCAGUCUUUUGGACAGGUUUUUAGCUACUGUAAAGGCUCACCCAAAAUACUUGAGUUGUAUUGCAAUUAGCUGCUUUUUCCUUGCUGCCAAGACUGUUGAAGAGGAUGAGAAAAUUCCAGUAUUGAAAGUAUUGGCAAGAGACAGUUUCUGUGGAUGUUCUACUUCUGAAAUUUUGAGAAUGGAGAGAAUUAUUCUGGAUAAGUUGAAUUGGGAUCUUCAUACAGCCACACCAUUGGAUUUUCUUCACAUUUUCCAUGCCAUUGCAGUGUCAACUAGGCCUCAGUUACUUUUCAGUUUGCCCAAAUUGAGCCCAUCUCAGCAUUUGUCAGUCCUUACCAAACAACUACUUCACUGUAUAGCCUGCAACCAACUUCUGCAAUUCAAAGGAUCCAUGCUUGCUCUGGCCAUGGUUAGCCUGGAAAUGGAGAAACUCAUUCCUGAUUGGCUUCCUCUUACAAUUGAACUGCUUCAAAAAGCACAGAUGGAUAGCUCCCAAUUGAUCCACUGUCGGGAACUUGUGGCGCAUCACCUUUCUACUCUGCAGUCUUCCCUGCCUCUAAAUUCCGUUUAUGUCUACCGUCCCCUCAAGCACACCCUGGUGACCUGUGACAAAGGAGCGUUCAGAUUACAUCCCUCCUCUGUCUCAGGCCCAGAUUUCUCCAAGGACAACAGCAAGCCAGAAGUGCCAGUCAGAGGUACAGCAGCCUUCUGCCAUCGUCUCCCAGCUGCCAGUGGGUACAAGCACACCUCUGCUAAACGCAAAGUGGAAGAAAUGGAAGUGGAUGACUUCUAUGAUGGAAUCAAGCGGCUGUAUAAUGAAGAUAAUGCUGCAGAAAAUGUGGGUUCUGUGUGUGGUACUGAUUUAUCAAGGCAAGAGGGACAUGCUUCCCCUUGUCCACCUUUGCAGCCUGUAUCUGUCAUGUAAUUGCAACAUCUGUUACCUUCGAAUGCAAACUAAGGUUGACUAUUUUGGGAACAACCUGUAAAACUAGGAAAGGCCAUGGAGAGGGUUACCUUAUCAGGCUGAUUUGAAGUGAGCCAGCAAAAAAAAAAAAAAACCAUUCACUUUUGUAGUUAAUUAUAAUUUAGCAUUGUUUAAGGCCAAAAAUCUUUACCAGAACAUUUUUUAAAAGUAAAUUUCUUCAUAGUGUAUCAGUUAUGCUCUGUUUUGUGCUAAGUGUAGCUUGCCCCAUGUCAAAAAGAUAAAAGUUCCAAAAUUCACAGCUGUCACCCCUUUUCCCCAGCAUCCUGAUUUAUUUUUACUUGCUUUUCCAUUGAAUACUUAAUGAAUUUUGUGCACAUUGAUCUAUGUUCUCUGCCUUCCAUUGAAUUAGUCCACUUCCUGCCCUUUUUUGUGGUAGCAAAAUUAGUAUGACAGCCAUGUUUUACCCAUGAUUUAGAUUCUAGUUAUCUGAAAAGUGUACUUUGUAAUUGUCCAGAUGAAAGAGGUGGUAAUAGAAAAAGUUCUUACAUUACCACUUGACUUUGUGUUUGUCUCAUUUUAGUUUUUAGAGUUUAAAAACAAAAUUGCGGCUUUAUCUUAAAUUUUAAAAUGACAUGUAACGAACAUUUAGAUUUGGCGAAAGCAUUUUGACAUUUGUGUAAAAGAAUUUGUGACAAAGUUAAUAUAUCCAGGUGCUCACCAAAGAAACAUAACAUAGAUUUCUGUAACCAAUCUGUUUAUAAAUGAAUCAGUAGGAGACUGUCUUUAGUGUUGGGGCAGCUCUAUGAUUUGAGUCUGUAACGUAAUUCAGUACCCUUGUUUAUGUUAGGGUGUUAGGAUUUUCUGAUAAAAAUCAUUCCCUGUCUCCCGACCUACCUGUGCUUCUCUUACAAUUGGACCCUGAGCUCCCUUUGCAGUCUGAGGAAGGUACUGCGGUCCGAACCAUGUACUGAUGACAAAAGCCUCUGGUAGCAAUAAAAAGUUGUCCUUGA